AUUUGACGUGUAUGUUGUUUUUUGUUGACUAUUUUGGAUCCCGAUACCACCGAUACGGAUUAUAAAAUAACAUUUAAUAAAGUUAUUUUCAAAAAUCUUUUUGAUAUAAAAGUCCUGGAGCAAAGAUACAGUGUUGCGCGAUUUAUUUUUCCACAAGAAAGACUAUCAAACUAAUGUAAAUGUGUUGAUUGGUAAAAUUGUGAUUUUUUUUUUAAUUUUGCAAAAUGGCUCCAUGUAUUGAAAUCGAACCUGGUCGAUCAACUGAUAGCAAUUCAGAAAGUGAUUAUGACAUUAUAAGAGAUGACGAAUCGAUUGAAGUAAUCAAUGAAGUGGAUGAUGAAUCAUGGAACAAUUCGCGUACAUCCGGAUCCGGGCUCUUUGAUUCCUUUGGAACUUUCAGUGGAACGGCAUCCAACUCGGACGAAAUCUUUCGCCAUGGUACCAUCAAAUUCGGCGAUAUUGUUGACGUAACCAAUGUGAGGUCGAGUGGAUCUUCUGUGGGAGUGGAUGUGAAUGACACCGUAUCUGUCCAAUUCGAUAAAUCUACAGCUGAAGAGAUUGUUCCCUACGAAACUACUAGUUCGGUCGAAACCGGAUACAUAUCGGAAGAACCGUCAGCGGCGAUUUGUACCGAAUUGAAAAGACCCGAAAAAACAGUGAAGGAUGAUAGUAACGUUGAUGUUUCAGGAGAACAGGUAAAUGCAUCAUCCGAAGAAUGUUGUAAACAGUCGGAUAUCGACAAACCUGGAUCGGAUGAAAUUGUGGACGAAUCGGACGUUAGCAAGCAUACAUACGCAAACUCACAGAGCGAACGUGAUAACGAUCAGCUGAAUAUGCAAGCUCAGCUAAAUAAUGCUGAAGCGCAAGUAGCAAAAGUUGACCACGAAAUGGUGAGCGAUGGAAAAUUCAACAUUGUGGGCGAAUGCAAUACAGAGAUGAAUGGUUCGGUUCAGUCGUGCAAACAAUGUGAAAUCGACCCAUCUGACAAUCUAGACCAGACAAUAAUCAACGAUCGGGACAUUCUGCAAACACCUAUCAAUGCGCAGAUUGAUCAAAACCAGGAUAUGUCCAGUGAAGACGCUUGCAUCGAGAUGACUACUAAACAUUUGGAGGAGAAACAGCCUUCACUCAAAAUAGUGGGCAAAUUUCGAUGCGCAGAUGAACAGAUCAAAAUUAAAACUCCGUCACCGAUGAGAGUUGAUCAGUUAGGCUAUUCCGCUCGACUCAAAUACGGAAAUAUAUUGAUUAAAUUUUACAACGAAGGCAGUCUAAUGUCCGCUGAUGACAAUUUCUUGGCGAAAAUAGAACUAGUCACACCGCUACUGCUCGAGGAAACGAUGAACUUCGGUCAGGCAAAGGAGGUUUUUCUGCAGCAGCUCCGGAUUGUGAAAGUCCUACAGGAUGAUCUGACGAAUGGUAGAUUUAAUCGUCAAUCGGCACUUCUCGCCGCCGUAGAGAAAUCUUUGGCAAUGUCAACGGUUGAACAGCAGUUUGCAAUGAAUUGUAUUGAAUUGUCCAAUAUUUUGAAGGAUUCGCGGAAGGAAUUAACCUACGAAACCUUGUGCCACAAAAUUAUGCAAAGUUCGUCGCUAUCCGAAGACCUGAAGCAAUCAGCUGCGAUUUUUAAUGAAUUGGAAGAUCGAACUCUUGCUAGGAAUCGAUUGUUGACCCGUUUCGGGUUCCCGCAGACCGAAUCAUCGGAUAAGAAUUUAGUUGAAACGAUUAAGCAGCUGCUUGUAUCAUCUUUCGCAAACUACAACAAUAUGCUGCUGGAAAAAGCUCCAAAAUAUCUGCACGAUGCACUCAAAAGUUUAAAUCAACAACAGAUUCUGCUCAUCCGAGGGAAUGAUAUAAAACUGUUCACCGAUUUGUUUGCAACUCUUAACGAUGACGUUUUCCAGAAGCCCCUGACGGAUCUCGCCGACCGGUGGAUAGCCAAUAUUAAGUCGAUAAAUUACCAGAAAUCGAAACAGAUUUUCGCACAAACCAAUCCAAUUUAUUUCUUUUUGUGCAAGAGUUUGGAUGAGUUAAUCGUCGAGAUUAGUAGCAGAACCGAUCAUUUGGCAAAAGAGCUACUAAUCAGCAACAGCUCCGGAUGGCAUCCGAUCAAGAAGAUUAGCUGGAAGUCGGAGAGUUCUCUGACAAAAUGUCUUGAACGGGAAUACUACUUCAUCUUUAAGUUGCUAAAACAUUUCGAACUGGGUUCGUGCGCCAACAAAAAACACUUCGAAUACAAGGUGAAGCUGUUUAACGAACCAACGCAGGAAUCUAUGUGGAAAAGGUUUGUGACAGGCACCAGAAAGUUUUUCGGAAAUUACGAAAAGCCAGAGAAUUUCCUGGACAUUGCUGAUGAGUUCUACGUGUGGUACUGUCUGCUGGAUGAUGCGCUUACUCAUGUUCUCCCCGGCGAAUGCCAGAUAGACAGUUUCGAAACCAUAAUUCAAAGUUACAUAGAUUUCCUUUGUGAAGUCAGCCACGAUCAGUUGGAAACUUUGCGAGUCAUCACCCACAACACGGCUCGCUUCAUCGUACAGACAAUGCCUUACAUAACACUGGAGGACAGCUCGCUGAUCGACAAACAGAUCUUACAAAAGCAACUUGAUCUUAUCAACUCAAACGCCACCAGACAGAUUCUGUCGUCAAACAAUUUUCGUGAUUUAGUUGAUGUCUUCAAUGUUUACUGGAAAAACAGAGAAGAUAUCAUUGCUGCUAUUCCUUCCAAGAUUAAUCUACCGGAGAUGGCAUCUGUAAAGGAUCGUUUGUUGGAAAUCGUCCUGGUGGCAAUCGAAAAGAACGUCGCUUCGGAGGAGAUGGUUGCCUUCUUUCGAGCGUACAGCGAUUUGUUGGUCGAUCUUAACGAUGUCCAGUUCGAUUGGUUUGUUAAGAAAAUAGAUAAACAAAUUAAAUCGUUUGUUGAUCUGGCGCUCGUCGAACCAGUUGAGAACAAGUGGAUAAACACGGAAAAUGUAUCCUAUCGUGUCAUCAACCAGGAGAAGUUCCUCAAACUAGUAUCUAUACUGCUUGACAAUGUUGCAACACCAAAGCAUUAUGUAAUCGAGGUUGUAUCUACUCUGCUUUCGUACAUCCAACAUCAGCUCAAUAAAACCCAAUGGAAAUCCGGCGAAACUCUAUCGCCAACAGUGCAGAUCUGCACUACGAACGAAUUAAUAUUUGCCGUGCGCAACUCUUUUCUUUACCUACUAGAACAACCGGAUUACAUUUCUUUCGAACAGUUCUACGACGAAAGAAUCAAACCCUUUGCAAGCGCCAUGGACCAUAGCCGAUCUCAUCGGGACUUUACCAAUCGGAUUUAUCUUAUCAAGGAGUCUUUCUGGUACAUCCGCAAGCAAAAUGAAAUGGACUUCGAAGGAGCUUUGGAACUCUUCCGCGGGUUAAACAACGAAGCAGAGGAUCAACUGCUGCGAAAGGCCUAUCACCAGUACAACCAGAGUUUCCAACAAUUUAUGCAAGAGUCCGGAGAAGAUCUUUCCAGUAAAGCAUCUAAGAUUGCCAAAAAGGUCUUAGUACUCGCCUCCAAAUCACCCUUCAAAAGCUGGACCGAAACCUACAAGCAAGAAAAACUUCCGGAAAUGUUGGCAGGACUAGCGGCCCUAUGGUCCGUUCUUGUCUCGAAAGAUGUCUCCAGUACGGGAAAGUAUCUAACUCCACAUUGUAUUCAAAUCCUCUGCAUUCUGAGAUUGCUGAGCGUUGAUCGAGAAGGGAAAGGAGUUGCAAAACAUCUGGCACAGGUUCUAACUGGUCAGGGAAAAUCUCUAGUGUUGGGAUUGACGGCUGCCCUGUUUGCUCUGACGGGUCACAAACCGCAGAUUGUUUGCUAUAAUCAAUAUCUGGUUACUAGAGAUGAAUCUGAUUUCAUGCCAUUUUUUGCCAUUCUCAAUAUAAACAAUGACAUCACCUACAGCACGUACGAUGGAAUGGCAAAUGCGUUAAUUGCUCCUGUCAUCGAUGGACGCCAAAUGAAAUUGCGAGACCUAAUAACGGAUAUGCUGCUGAAGAACACGGUCCCUGGACAGAGCAAAUUUACUUUAGAGAAUCGUGUGAACUCAGUACUGCUAAUUGAUGAGGUGGAUGUGUUCUUCACCAAGCACUUCUAUGGUAGCGUUUAUUGCCCCCUGAACCGAAUGAUGUUGCAAGGGUUGGAGCUCAUUCAACAAAAAAUUUGGAGCCUUACGGAAUACCCCCUACUUACUUCCGAGCCUAUAAAACAAAGUAUUUACGAAUACAUCAAGUCAUCCGAUAUGGCAGGACAGAAAGAUUUUCAAAGUUUCAUUGCUAGGAUGAAAUCGUACGAUCUAUUGAUUUAUGUGGACGGAAUGGUAAAGACGAAAAGGUACACCAAUCGCAGCUUGUUUGACGAACAUCUCUGUGAAAUGAUUAAAUGCGCUAUUGAGGUUAAGACCGCUUCGGCAGAUCAGUGGUCAAAUUAUAAACUUAGCAAUCAUGGAACCAUUCUCAGUAGAUACAGAGAACAAUUCGUAAACUUCCACAUUAACAGUUACUACAUGGUAUUCAAUUAUUUCCGUCUACGUGGGUCCGACUUUUCCGUUAAAGUAGGAAUGGACAUUAACUACGGUUACCUUACCCUGGACUGUGGUUCCAUCUCCUACGCAAUGCUGCCAAAGAGCUAUCCUCUUAUACUAGGCGUCUCCGGUACCGUUACGUCGCUAAACCAGCAUGAAAAGGAUGCUAUCAAGGACGUUUACAAUAUUCGUGAACUAUCUACCAUGCCAUCAUUUUUCGGUUGCUCUAACCUUCAGUUCAACCCGUUGGCCGACUUUCAGCAGCUGGCCAGUAAAUCGGAAUGGUUAAAUGCCAUUUUCUGUCGAGCGAACGCGGUACUCGGUGCCAAACGAUCGGUGCUGGUAUUUUUCGAAUCGGACUUGCAGUUGAACCAAUUCCAUGCGGAAUACUCUGGUCAAUUCGAUCGGUUGAAUGUUCUGACGGAGGAUACUGAUGCGAAGCAAAAAGUGCUGUUUAUUGACGAGGCAGGUGUUGCCAAAACUAUCACUCUAGCAACGCGCGGAAUGGGACGCGGCGCGGACUACAAAUCCAGUGUCUCCAUUGAAAAGCACGGCGGCUUGCACGUGAUCCAAACGUUCUUCUCGCUGGAUGUUAAGGAAGAAGUUCAGAUCAAAGGUCGCACAGCGCGCAAAGACAACCGAGGAAGUUACGAGUUGAUCGUCUGCCAGAGUGAUCUGGAGAGGGCCGGAUUCCUGCGGAAGGUAUGCGAAGUUAACUACCAAACACUUGAUGCAGCCAGGCUAGCUUUAGCUUUGAAAGAGAACGAGCAAAUCUUGGGAGAUAUUGUUAAGGGGAAAAACGAUCACGAGGUGACGAUGCGGUACAUGCAAACUUUUUUUACCAACCAUUGAACUGUUUAAUGUAUAAAAUAAACGAUAUUAUUCACUAAAACAAA